GAAGGAACUACCGCUCGUUAAACACCUCCCUUUGAUUUAGGCAACCUCGCUGCUUUCGCCCUUCCCCCAACUCUAGGAAAAUGGGCACAUUGUAGGUUUGCUUCCGGCCAACUCAAUUUGAUAGUCCGAAUUUGAGUUGAAUUGAGCGACUUUGAGAUACUUUAUACGGCCGUGACCAGUUAUACUUUUUUCAAUGAUAGGCAACAGAGAGAUUUGGCAGAAAUAGAACUUUUUUAUUUUUUUUAUUUCCAACUUUUGCAUAAACUAAGAAUAACACGAUAUGGGAAAAAAAGAUAAGAAGAACACUAAACGCACUGCUGCUGCUGCUGAAAAGCCCAAAGAAAAACCAACCUCUACAGAGAUUGACGACAUCUUUAACAAGAAAAAAUUAAACGAUACUUCCGAAAUUGAUGAUAUCUUCAAUAAGAAGUCUGCCAAACCCGUCAAAACUGAUAAAAAAAAGUCUUCUGAUAAAGAGGCAUCAAAAAAAGAGGAUGCAUCUGAUAAUAGCGAUAGUGAAGAGGAUAAUCAUGAUGAAGAAGAGCUAGACGAAGAAGACGCUAAGAAGGUCGAGGAGGUUGUCUUUGCCGAAUUAGCUGCUGUCAAGAGUAAAAACGCAAAGAAGCGCUCUGCUCCGGCACCAUCUGCCGACGACGAUUUUUCUGAUUCCAGAGGCAUUAAAAAAACCAAACGUACGACAGAGGAUGGCUAUCCGCUUUAUGAUGUCAAGGAUUUGAAUAUUGGUCUAGGUGGCGAUACUCCCGAGUGUCCUUUUGAUUGCCAAUGCUGCUUUUAAAAAUGAAGAACGAGGAAUACAGUCUAUAUAGUUGUAUCAUAUUAAUCGCGUCAUAAAUUACAAAAGAAACUGUACAGAAGAGAUGAU